CGGAGGGAGACGGGGUUGGGCCGUCUAACCGCGUUGCGGCCUCGUCGCCACAUCCGCAGGCCCAGAUUCCACCAUGCCGAACUCUCAUUUGUGGGCUGUGGACAUCUUCGGGAGAGUGUACACUCUGUCUACUGCCGGGCAGUACUGGGAACUCUGCAAAGAUGCUCACCUGGAGUUUAAGCGAGUCACUGCUGUCAAGCAGUGCUGCUGGGGAAUUGCUUGUGACAAUCAGGUCUACGUGUAUGUGUACGCCAGCGACGUUCCCAUUCGGUAUCGAGAGGAAACGUACGAGAACCAGCGGUGGAAUCCAGUAGGUGGUUUCUGUGAGAAACUAAUGCCUAGCGACCGCUGGCAGUGGAGCGACGUGAGUGGUCUGAAACACCAACAGCUUGAUAGUUUGGUGCUGCCGUCUCCACAUUGGGAGUGGGAGUCUGACUGGUACGUGGAUGAAAAUUUUGGAGGGGAACCCACAGAGAAAGGGGGAUGGACAUACGCUAUGGAUUUCCCCGCAACCUACACCAGGGACAAAAAGUGGAAUUCCUGUGUGCGGCGACGGAAGUGGAUCCGAUACAGGAGAUAUAAAUCCCGGGACGCUUGGGCCAAGAUUCCUUCACAUGAUGACCCCAACCAACUGCCUGACCCCUUUAAUGACAUUUCUGUUGGAGGAUGGGAAAUCACAGAUGAUCCUGUUGGCCGGCUGUCAGUGUGGGCCGUUUCUCUGCAAGGCAAGGUGUGGUACCUUGAAGAUGUCUGUCACGCCAACCCAGAGGGCUCCUCUUGGACCAUGGUCGAAACCCCCGGUGAAGCUGUGCAGAUCAGCUGUGGGCCUUAUGAUCUCCUAUGGGCGACUCUCUGGGAAGGGCAGGCAAUUGUGAGGGAAGGAAUCGAUAGGAAUAACUCUAAAGGAAGCGCUUGGUCAGUAGUGGAACCUCCCAUGUCUGAAAAUGGCAUCAUGCAUGUCUCCGUUGGAGUCAACGUAGUCUGGGCAGUCACCAAAGACCGGAAAGUAUGGUUUAGAAGAGGUGUCAACUCACACAAUCCCUGUGGUACCAGUUGGAUUGAGAUGGUGGGAGAAAUGAUGAUGGUAAACGUAGGGUUAAAUGACCAGGUCUGGGGAAUUGGAUGUGAUGAUCGAGCAGUUUAUUUCCGGCAAGGCAUCACACCGAGUGAACUCAGCGGGAAAACGUGGAAGGCAAUCGUAGCUAACCGAGAGAAUGACCGAUCGCAAACUGGGAGUUCCUCGAGCCUUCUUAGUGCCGGCUGCUUCUUCGGUGAUGAAGUCAGAGGGAAUGGUGACUCCUUUAUCCCAAGUGACACCGACACUUCCUCUGAAGCUGAGAAGUUGGGCCCCCCAGUCCCUGUCCCUGCCAGUUGUCUCCCAGAGACAACGCCCGGCGAUCUGGGGAGAGAUCCCGGAUUCACUUCCGAUUCCGGAUGGGAAAAGACCACAGGGAGCGAGUCAAAUGGGGUGGAGCCUGGAAGUGGGUCUAGGCCCGACCCCGCUGAGCUCCCUUGGACCAACAUUGACUUGAAGGAGGCCCAGAAGAACAGCGCACUGUCUGCCAGCUGCUUGGCAGAGACUUCCAGCCUUUCCUCCUUGGGGCUCUUCCCUCUAGGCCUGGAGGAGCACUACGGCGCUGAUGAGCAUCCACUGUGGGCUUGGGUGUCAGGCGGAGGCUGCGUGGUAGAGACCCACAUGGCCCUGAAGUGGUUCGCCAUCCAGUCAGGCCUGUCUCCCUCAGUGCAGACACUUUCUUUGUCCAUCACUCCAGCCCAGACGGCUGCAUGGCGGAAACAGAUUUUUCAGCAGCUCAGUGAACGAACCAAACGAGAAUUGGAGAAUUUUAGACACUAUGAACAGGCUGUCGAGCAGUCGGUGUGGGUGAAGACGGGAUCCCUGCAGUGGUGGGCUGACUGGAAGCCCCACAAGUGGAUUGAUGUUCGGGUGGCACUGGAGCAGUUCUCAGGGAAUGAUGGGAUGCGGGACAGCAUCCUCUUCAUCUACUACAUGUUUCACGAGGAGAAGAAGUACAUCCAUGUGUUUCUGAAUGAAGUGACUGUCCUGGUCCCUGUACUGAAUGAGGCCAAACACUCCUUCGCUGUGUACACCCCCGAGAAGACAAAGCAGAGGUGGCCUAUCCGCCUCGCUGCCGCGACUGAACAGGAAAUGUACGAUUGGCUUACCCUGCUCGGCGUCUGCUGCUGCGAGAGCCGCAGGCUCCAGGGCCCCCCCUCCCACCAGUCCAUGUGGUCAGUCACCUGUAAAGGAGACAUCUUCGUGAGCGAGCCAAACUCAGACCUGGAGGCUGCCACGAACCCCCUGCCGUGUGACCAAAUGUUUUGGCGUCAGAUUGGGGGUCACCUCCGUGUGGUGGAGUGUAAUAGCCACGGGGUAGUGUGGGGAAUUGGCUAUGACCGCACCGCCUGGGUUUACACUGGUGGAUAUGGAGGAGGUUUUCAUCAAGGAUUGACCACUACCACCAGUAAUAUUUACACGCAGUCCGAUGUGAAAUGCGUCUACAUCUAUGAAAACCAGCGGUGGAACCCAGUCACCGGCUACACCAGCAGAGGUCUGCCCACCGACCGCUACAUGUGGAGCGACGGGACUGGCUUGCAGGAAUGCACCAAAGCCAGCACCAAGCCACCGUCUCUACACUGGACCUGGGUUUCCGACUGGUAUAUAGAUUUCAACAUUUCUGGAGGAACAGACCGGGAAGGGUGGCAGUAUGCGAGUGACUUCCCGGCGUCCUACCAUGGUCACAAAACUAUGAAGGAUUUUGUGAGGCGAAGACGCUGGGCGAGAAAAUGUAAGCUGGUCACCACUGGACCCUGGUUGGAAGUUGCCCCUAUAUCGCUCAGGGACGUCUCCAUCAUUCCAGCCUACGACGAGAGCAGUAAUGGUCCCGUUGCCCUCUGGGCCAUCAGCGACAAGGGGGACGUCCUCUGCAGGCUGGGUGUCACCAGGCUCAACCCGGCCGGUUCUUCCUGGCUGCACGUCGGCACCGACCAGCCCUUCGUUUCCGUCAGCCUGGGAUCCUUCCAUCAGGUGUGGGCCGUGGCUAGAGACGGCUCGGCCUUCUACCGGGGCUCCGUGUCCCCUAAGCAACCUGCCGGUGAUUGUUGGUACCACAUUCCAUCUCCCCAUAAACAGAAAUUAAAGCAGGUGUCAGUAGGACAGACGUCAGUGUGUGCCGUAGAUGAAAAUGGAAACUUAUGGUACCGCCAGGGAAUCACUCCCAGUUACCCCCAGGGCUCCAGCUGGGACCACGUCUCCAAUAACGUCCGCAAAGUUUCCGUGGGGCCCAUGGACCAGGUCUGGGUCAUCGCCAACAAAGUUCAAGGGAGCCACAGCCUCAGCUGCGGGACCGUCUGCCACCGGAUAGGAGUGCAGCCCCGGGAGCCCAAAGGACACGGCUGGGACUACGGGAUUGGGGGAGGAUGGGACCACAUUUCAGUCCGUGCCAAUGUGACUGAAGCCCUGAAGGCGGUAUCACAAGAGACAAGUGAAACGCAGCCUCCAGCGACAAGAGACCUGGAAGAGGGCGAGGGAGGAGGAGACAGCAACCCGUUCACCAAGUCGAUGCUGGUCAUGAACACCGUGCAGGAGAUGAACAGCAGAGCUGUGAGCUGCUAAGCCGAGGCUCUUCCCAUGCUGUUCCAGCCUCUCUUGAGCCAUUUCAGAGCUGGCUGCCAAGGACUCCUAAAUUGGGAUCAUCCGACUUUUCCAUCAGCCAGAGCAGCAUUGCCCCCUCAAUCCCCUGAAUGUCAGGAGGCUCAGUCCUCUUGCCAGUCUCUUGUCUCCUAUGGCACUGGUUGUCUCCUCAUAAGAAGGAAAAUGGAAAACAUUUGCGGAUGAACACAGAGAUAUUGCUGUUGGGACUGUGUUCUCUUCUAGGCUGAGGAUUGGGUAAGUUCAGAUACCUGGAGGUAUGUGUAAGUCAAGGACGUGUGAACUGAAAUGUAAUGGAACUUAAAUCCACUGUUCAGAAAAUGGCAAAAUCAAUUUCUCCGGAUCGAUUCCUCAAGUCUUCUAGUUGAGGAAAAGAUUACUGUAUUUGGAAGAUAUUGCUUGGGCCGAAAGCCAAAUGCAAAAAAAUUGAGCAUUUCCAAGUUGCUUGGGCUGACAUUGUGAAACAUGUGAAUGUUUAGACCAAAAUAAUAAGAAAAUAGAAGGAAUAACAUGCUAGUCCUAAAAAUGUGGUUUUUUGUCUAAUUAUUAUUUCUGUGACCUCAGGGUGCAGGAACCUGAUCUCAAGAGAGUACUCUCCCGUUCAAAAAAUAAUCACAGCCCUUAUUCUAUUGGGUGAAAAAAUAGGUUUUGUUCAUUUGUUUCAGAAACUUUACUUUUAUCCUGGUUUCUUCUGUUUCAGAGGAGCAAAGAAAAAGGAUCAUAUGUCAUUUGAACACUAGAUUGUCAUUUAUGCUGUUUGUGCAGUCUUUAGUUUUUUUACAAGUAGUGGACAUAUUUCUGUAUGUGAUUGAAAAAGGAAAUUUAGUCUUAAUUUAAUUACAAUUCUAGUUAUUUUAAGAGUAACUCACUUGUUAUAAACUUGAAUCUGGGACUCUCAGCCUCACAGGGAAUCUUUUCAGAGAAUUGUUAGAAUAUGAUAGAUGUCUAAAUUCUACUCCACUGUAUUGUGUUUUGUAAGUUUUCUAUAAGUACCUCAUAGCUUCGUCUACUGCAGUAUAUCUGAAGAGUUCAAGCAAAUGUUUUUCUGUAUGUAUUGUGUUUUUGACACCAUGGUAGCGUACUGUCUGGAUGUACAGAUGUAAAACUCUUCAAAAUGAUGCUUAGAAAAUUUAAAAUGUGAUGAUUUCCUGUUUACAUGUUCCAUUUCAAGCUUUGUUUCUAGAGGGCAUUAAGGUUUAUAUUUCCUGUAAUUUAGUGGCCAGUUAUUCCAGAAAGCAUUUCAUGGAAGUGAUUUUUCCACAUAAACUCCUUUACUAGAUUUUCUCUCUGUCCUCUCAAAAGGUGAAAACAGGUCCCUUUUGAGAACCAAAUGUUUACAUGCUCAGUACUAACUGGAUUCUCACAGAUGUGAGAUUCUUUGAUCCAAUAAAACGUGCACCAGAACAGC